AUGUCCUAUGACAGUACGCUUGUUGGUGUUGGCAUUGUUAUAGUCGUAGCGCUUUUGGCAGUACUUUUCAAACGAAUAAAGAAGUAUAAACAUGAACAAGCUCUAUUUCGGCAAUCACAAAUGGGCUAUCCAAAUCCACCACCUCUACGAAGUCCAAUUCCCAAUGAGCCAUAUCCAAUUCUUCAUUUACCAAACUAUGCCAAUUCUGGAAGCAUGCGAGAUACUGUAAUCACCAUUGAUGGUAACCUUCAACGGCAAUACGAGUUUUACGAGAACAUACCUGUACCGCAUCAAGUCUUUUCACCGCGACACUACGAGCCACCGCCACCGUAUCCAGGCGAAAGUAACAAAUCGACAAACAUCUAA